CUCCAAUAAUUUCGAGCAACAAAUUAGGAUACUCCAAUAAUUUCGAGCAACAAAUUAGGAUACUCCAAUAAUUUCGAGCAACAAAUUAGGAUACUCCGCUGAUCACUCUCCCUCCAUAUUGCACCACUUCAUUCAUUCAUAUAUAGGUUCGUUGCCUUUUGGUGACACCACUACUACCUUUUACCUAAUUCUCUUUCAGAACACACGAUUACACAGUCUCUCUCUCUCUCAAAGAUGAAUAAGGUUUUUGCGGCCUUUUGGUACUCCGGCAUUCUCCCCCUCCUCUCCUGCACCACCACCACCACCACCACCACCUUCGAAAACCAUGAGAGCCUCUCACGGCCUCAAUCCGCCAAGAAAGCAGGGACGAAAGCGAAACAGAACAGUAAACAGAACAGAGAGAAAGACCUAGAAAAGAAAGACGGGAAGAAGAAAUGUUUCCCUCAGUGGAGGAAGAGCAAGAAAGAAAAGGAUCAGCAGCCAAUGUCCCCGUAUUUGGCGUUAAGGCUGUUGGAGGAAGGGCAGUUGAAAAAGAAAAAAGAGGAUCUAUUGGAACCGAAGACAUCUAUGGAGGAGAAGACAUGUAUAGAGGCCAGGCUCAGGGCAGAGCGCACUGCAGUAGACAGAGCAACUAAACUCAGUAGGCUGAACACGGCAGUGGAUGAGACUACAAAAGUUCAAGAUUCUGGUGUCUUUGUAACUGAAAAAGGUGAAUGUGCAAGUAGUCUUCUUACAGAAGAGCCACAGCAAGAGGUGCUGGAGAUGGACCGUCUGGAAGCGGAGCUCGAGUCUGAACUGCAAAAGCUUCUUGGGUGCUCCACAGAAGCUUCUGGAUUUGAAGGAAAAAUACCAGACAUUUGUGAGAAUGAAGAUGCUUCGUUCGAAGGAUUUUACAAACCAGAUGGCCAGACUUCUGAUUCUUGUCAAUUGAGUGAGGUGUUGCCAUCUGAACUGGAUCAGAAACUGUCCAUUUGCUCAUCGAACAGCAAGAGAGCCAGAUUGUAGGGCUAGAGUCUGAACUGCAUUGGGCCCAAUCUAAACUCCAUGAGAAAGAAGCUGAACUCCAAGCAUUGAAGGACUGCGUUAAGCGCCUUACUGAAUUUUCACUAGCAACUUUAAUUUAUUUAUUUUUUU